AGCGACCAAGUUGCCGGCUCUCUCCGCUUUUUCCGCGUUUUCCGCAUGACCGACUCGCUGGCAUUUCACGCUUCACCCUGGGCUUUGCUAGCUUGCCAGCAUUAGGCUUGUGGCAUGAUUGGUAGCCUGCCCAAGGCUGGGGCGUCUCUCAGUGUCGGCUCACAUUGGUCAGGUCAGCCUCACCUCUCGUUCAAUUGUCAACAGCCUUGCAACCUCAAUCAACUGUUCGGAGAAUGAUUCCUCCCCGUCUAUCACUAGAAGUUCUGCCCCGCGCCGUCGACGCGCACGCGGUUCGUCGACGGCGUUUGCUGCCGGCAGAGCGAUCUGAUCACCAUGUCGACUGCCCGUAUGUUAUACCAUUCGGAUUCUUGGUGCUCACAUCUGCGGCUCGAUGCUUGAACGCAGAUGGUAUGGCCGCUGACCUCUAUUCUCGCCUCUCGGGGCUCGAUUCGGUAGCUUGAGGGGAUUGGAACAUGUCUCGCUGUGAAGCUAUGUCUUCAUAUCUCGAGCAGCCUGGUCACCGUCACGACAGACAGGAUUGUUCCAGCCUCAAUCCCCAGAGGGAAAUCCCAGGAAGGGACCUUCAGGUGGCUGAAACGAAGGUCGGCUUGAUGCUAUAGAAGAUGUUGGACGUAAUGGCUGCACCUUCCUCGCGACUGAGGCGUGAUUCGACUGCACCAUACAACUGCUCCUUCCUGAAAAUGGCCGCGGCCUAUUUCUGCAGUCGGCCUUCGUCCUCGUCCCAUCCUCAUACCAUAUCUCCCAGCCUGCAAUUUUGGAUAUAUCCAGUAUGACCGACUGCCCCUAUCGCAAUAGAAACGGGGGCGAUGCUUUUGCCAUGGUUGCUGCGAGGCACGCGAUGACCUCUUCGGAAGUUGGAUCGGAAAACUAUGGAGCUCUACCAUCAUCGUAUCGCCGAGUCCGCAAGUCGAAAUCCCUUGUGGCAUUUCCCAGCAGCAACCUUCGUGUGCGCCUUCAACGUUCCCUUCCUUUCCUGCGACGCCAGAGCACCACCACCACGUUCUACAAAGGCUCAGAGGGUGCUUGGGAGAGACACGAGGAAGCAGUCCAGAUCGCCCGAGCACAGUUCCUCGAUGGAUCUGGUCAUGGAGAUCCGCAAGAGACAGAACCGCACAUGCCUCGGAAAGGGAAGAGGAGAACGCACAAGUUCCGAAAGACUGUUCGCGCCAGCGCGUACCUUGAGACUGACCAGCCAAAUAUCACAACCACCAGAUCGCUCUCGCUCACUUUCCGCGAUCGAGUCCGCAGGGUGCUCGGCAAGUCCCUGAGUAGAAAAGACGGCCUGCCUCCACAACAGCUGGAGGCUCAGCGCAACCACUUCUCCGACUUUGACAAGGAGUCCACGCUUGUCAGCGGGUUCGACGCCUAUCAAAUUACCGACGACGGUCUCACUUCACGUCAAAGUGGGUGUCCUCAGCCCAUCCUCGAACAUGAUCCGCUCGAAGAUCUUGACAAGGUGCCGUACACUGUACACUCGGCUGCAAGUCGUGAAAGCCUCCACUCCAACGCCCGGUCUCGAGUCACCAGCUGGACCAACUCCAGCAUAACAAGCUCCAUUGGUUUGCGGUCUGGUCCUAUAGAGCGCAAUCGGCUAUCGAUCAUCAAAGAAGAUGGCGGCCCGCACCAGCCAUCGUCAUCUGCCGGGAAACACAUUGGCGGGGUUGAGGUUUUGCAUGAGCCAUUGCACUCAGUCACGAAUGAGGGCCGGACUUUACCGGCAGUGGACAGUCAGCGAAUCUACUCAGCAUUGAUCAAACGAAUCAACCAGGAAGAGAUUGAGGUCGAGAGGACGCGGAUUGCUCUAGAAACCAUCAAUCAAGAGCGCGAGGCGACUCGAACCGAAGUCUCGGAAGCGAAGCCCACUAUCAGAGCUGUUCAGAGUGAUUCUUCGCUGACCACAAUGACCGGGCCUCAUCCGAAUCGGCGAUCUAGCAGUCAGUCUGGCUCGCGGCAUCAGUCUGCCAGUACAUGGGCGGACGAGCAACAUAAGGAGAAUGCUGACAAGAGAUGGGAGAGGUUGGCGGAACAAGAGUCGCAGUCAACCUUCUUUCCCUUCUCGAGCGAGAAGAAUCCGAACACUCCAAGCCCUUUCAAGAGGUUCCUGAAUGAGAGGCGUCGCCGCAGCCGAAGCAGCAGCGGUCGGAGCAAUCGGGCAGACUUGGACAGCGGCAGCGUUAUUGUCAAUCGCCAGUCGAGCAAUCCCGUGAUGGGCCGUCCUCAAUUCGGUCUGAGCAGCGCCAGUAUAUAUUCACGAACAACGAACGGCGGUUCCAAUGAACAAUACCAACAGCCACUCGACAGCUCGGACGAGUUGCGUACAACUGGUUUUGCGGACUCGGAAGCGACAGGUAUGACAACCAUCCUGGCAAAUUCAUUUGCUUCCCCAAUGAAUAGUCAAUGGAACCCUUGGUCAGACACUGUGAAACGACACGAUCGUGCGCCGGGCAGCAAUUCAGGCUCGCAUACGCGAGAAAGAGCUCAGGUCCACUCCGAAGGUGAAGUCGGAGAAGACGAGGAGAUAGCCACUCAGACAUUGGCAGGGUCGGCGGGUCCCCGUAUAGCGCCGAGUCGGUAUGCCCAGGCCACUUUCGGCGCAACUUCAGGACCCAGCACCUCGAAUGUGCAAAGUGCUACCGCUACCGUUAAAACUCACGCCGGUCUGCUGAAGAGGGCCAGCGCCGACGCCUUGAGCAGCAUUUCCAAUAAAGCUGAGGAUGGCAGCAAAGGUAGCGGAAGCCUACGAAAGCUGAGCCCUGGAAAUAUUGCAAAGCUUUUCAAAGAGAAGAGGAGCCAACGAUCACUUGGGCCUCAAAGUGCUGGCAAAGAAAACAGUCCGCCGAUUCAACCAGAUUCUCCGCCAGUGAGUACACCUGGAAGACUACACCUGCAGUUCCGAAAUGGUACCACUAGCGGGCGCCUACGCAAGAGGGCUAGUGAAACUGUGUUUUAUUCCGGAAAUCUCUAUUCCACCCCUCAUGGUUCUAUCUCGACCACGCCCAGCAGAUCGCAUGAAAGUCCCAGCGAGAAUGCCAAGGACCAUUUGGUAGCCCGACUCAGCCGGCCGUUCAAUAUGGAUGUGCCACCGCACAACCGUCCGUUUGACAGCAUGUAUUUGGGUAAAAGAACGCCUGGUCAUCCAGACACGUUUGGGAGCAACAGAUUGAGCGUGGCACCUCGAACCACAUUAGAUGGAGGCGGGAUGGACAUGCAGACCGAUCUGGGAGUUGGGGACGACGGGGCGACAGCAUUACCGUCUCGAUCUUACUCUGUGGGGAAGAGUGCCGCCAAAGUGCUGGGGCUCCUGGGUAGCAAGAGAAUGGUCAGCAACUUUUUGAGGAGCCGACGAGGAGAAAGAAGUACAAGUGCAGGUGAACAUAUCUUGGGCGAGGGAAGUCCUGCAUUUAUCUAGACCACCAGCACGGCAUAGUUGGCUUCAGUCAGAGCAGCAUUGUUUAGAGGCUGCCACAAGCGUUUUGCGUCAACCCACUCGCUAGCGGUCCCAGCGUGAUAGCAUCCAGCAUUGAAUCGAGCUCUAGAAGCAACCGAAAUCAGAAAUAGAAGGGUUGCAAGAACUGUCGAUAUCUCACUAGAGUCGAGACGGCCCGAGUAUUUACAAGGCUCGUCAGCCUCGUGGCCCGGGUAUUCGUGAACCCGCAACCAUGACCAUCUGAAGAGGAAUUGGAACUUGAGCAUGUCCUAUGCAUCGGCUGGCC